AAUCUUUAACCAUCAUAAAAUAAAGUAAGUUUGUGUUCCGUGAUCACCAAUUUGGCUUCUUAGAAACGAGUGUUUUGUUUCCAAAUAACUGGAAUGAAAAUUUUUGUACCCGCAAGAAACUAGAAAAAUACUUUAAAUGGGAGUACCAGCUUUUUUCCGUUGGCUGAGCCGAAAAUAUCCAUCAGUUAUCGUGCAUUGUGUAGAACAGAAGCCAGUUGAUGUGAAUGGAGUCAAUGUACCAACUGACAGUUCUGAACCCAAUCCAAAUGGAAUUGAAUUUGAUAAUUUGUAUCUCGACAUGAAUGGUAUUAUUCAUCCUUGUACACAUCCGGAAGACGGCAGCCCAACUCCCAAGAAUGAAGACGAAAUGAUGAUUGCUAUUUUCAAUUGUAUUGACAAGCUCUUCAAUAUUGUGAGACCACGUAAAGUAUUGUACAUGGCUAUUGACGGAGUGGCUCCUCGAGCAAAAAUGAAUCAGCAAAGAUCAAGACGUUUCAGAGCAUCUAAAGAAAGUGUUGAAAAAAUUAAUGAGAUUAAAAGAAUUCGGGCUGAAUUACUUCUUAAAGGAGUAGAGUUACCUCCAGAAAAAAAGAAGGAAGAACAUUUCGAUUCUAACUGUAUAACACCAGGAACUCCAUUUAUGGCGAGAUUAUCUGAAUGCUUGCAUUAUUAUAUUCAUGAUAGAUUGAAUAAUGAUCCAGGGUGGAAAAAUAUCAAGGUAGUUCUAUCUGAUGCAAAUGUACCCGGAGAAGGAGAACACAAAAUUAUGGAUUUUAUUAGAAGGCAAAGAGCCCAACCUGAUCAUGAUCCUAAUACUCAACAUGUACUUUGUGGGGCAGAUGCUGAUCUGAUAAUGUUAGGGUUAGCAACUCAUGAACCUAAUUUCACUAUUAUCAGAGAAGAAUUUAAACCUAAUCAACCUAAACCAUGCGACAUUUGUGCACAAAUCGGUCAUGAAACUAAGGAUUGCAUUGGAGGUGUAAAGAAUUCAGAACCAGAAAUUAAGGUAUUUUCUGACGUACAGUAUAUCUUUGUGAGACUCAAUGUAUUGAAAGAAUAUUUACAAAAAGAAUUAGUAAUGCCUAAUUUGCCAUUCAAAUAUGAAUUUGAAAGAGCUGUCGAUGAUUGGGUCUUUAUGUGUUUCUUUGUUGGAAAUGAUUUUUUGCCACAUUUACCAAGUUUAGAAAUCAGGGAAGGAGCAAUUGACAGAUUAGUCACUUUAUACAAGGAUUGUGUUUACAGAACUGGGGGAUGGUUGACAGAUAGUGGAGAGGUAAACUUGGAAAGAGUACAAGUAAUUAUGUCGGAACUUGGUAAAGCUGAAGAUGAAAUCUUCAAAACAAGGCAACAAAGGGAACUUUCCUUCAAGGCUAGGGAGAAAGCUAAGAAGAGGCGCUCAGAAGGAGCAUAUAACGAAAGGAAACCCAACUGGCAACUCGUGAGAGACACUCAAUUUGCGCCACGGUCUAUUGACACUAGAACCACUCCAGUACAGAAUGCUAGAAACGAGGCCAUGAUGAUCAGAAAAGCCGGAAUGCAUACACAAGUUGAUAAUCAACUUCAAACUGUAUCUGCUAAAAGCGCCCUUGAAUCUAUGAUUACACCUGUAGGUUCGGAGGAUCAGCGCAGAGGGGUCAAGAGAAAAGCUGAAGAUGAAGAAGAAGAAUCAGACGAUGAUCAAGCACAUGAUGAGGUCAGAUUGUGGGAAGAUGGUUUCAAAGAUCGCUACUACGAGUCUAAAUUCGAUGUUUUACCGAAUGAUUAUGAAUUCAGAAAUUCUGUGGCACUGCACUAUGUGAGAGGUCUUUGCUGGGUGUUGAAAUAUUAUUAUCAGGGAUGUGCUUCGUGGUCGUGGUAUUUUCCUUAUCAUUAUGCACCGUUCGCAUCAGACUUUGUGAAUAUUUCUGGAUUGAGUACUGAAUUUGAGAGCGAUACAAAGCCUUUCAAGCCAUUGGAGCAACUUAUGGGAGUGUUUCCAGCUGCUUCUAGUAAACAUGUACCUGAUCUUUUUGCCAAGCUGAUGUCUGACCCAGAAUCCACAAUUAUAGACUUUUAUCCUGAGGACUUCAAAAUUGAUCUCAAUGGCAAAAAAUUUGCAUGGCAGGGUGUGGCUUUGCUUCCCUUUGUCGAUGAAAAACGUCUUUUCAAAGCUCUUGCUCCCCUUUAUUCCCAAUUAACAGAUGCAGAGAAAAAAAGAAAUUCUCUUGGGGACGAUAGACUCUAUGUAUCGAAGGGACAUCAUGGGCACCCGUUAUUGAACGGCCUAUAUAUAAACGACGUGAGUGUGGAGAUGGAGACACACGUUUCAUUAGAUGGAAUGGCCGGUACUGUUCUCCUAUCAGAAAUCUGUAUAGAUGAAGGAGGAAGUUUGAGUUCACCCGUUAAGGGAUUAUCGGUUGUGUCGAACAACAUGGUAUGUACUGUAAGAUACCGUUAUCCGCAGUACACGAAGGGAUUCAUUUUUCCCGCUAGAAAACUUGAAGGUGCUAAGGAUCCCCCUACUGUACUGAAACCGUCCGAUUUGACACCACAACAAAACAGACAGUGGAGGGCGCAGACCGGAAUGGUACCAGCUACCCAAAGGGCCUAUUUGGAUAGGCCUGGGCACAGAAUGCUCAAUCAUCAUAUACCUUCUUUCAACAAUGUUCCUCCUCCUCAGAAUAUGGAUAGGAGACAGAAUAGUUAUCAACAGAACAGUUACCAACAGAACAGUUACAAUUCGAGAGGUGGUAACCAUAAUUCCUACCAGAGUCAAAGAGGAGGAUACGGCAAUAGUAGGGGCAAUUAUCGUGGUGGAUAUAAUUCCAAUAAUAGUCAACAGUCAAGCAGAGGGAAUUAUCAUUCACAACAGAAUAGAUAUCAGCCUUAUGACAGGAAUCAGCAUCAGGAAAGAAGACCACCAGGACCAUACAGGGAUAGAUAUCAAUCAAGUAAUCAAGGUUACAGGCAAUGAAAGUUUUUGGAUAAGAAUAAUAUUGACGUGGAAUUAUUUUAUAAUUAUCAAUUGAAGUAAAGGAUGAAUUGUUUCGAUUUUUGUAUAUAACCAGUUUGUUUUACAAAAAAAGCAAGUUUAGUUACUUGGAUUGAUUUUAUAAUAAUAUGUAUAUGAUAUGGAGUAUCACUUGAGUAUUUUAGAUUAAAUCGUUUGGAAGGAA